AUGUCUCCCAAACAUAGGAAGAAAGCUCCCCGCCAUCAAAAGCAAACUUCUACCGACUCAUCCACCCUCACAUCACCAAACCCAACUACCAAUUACCGCGAAAUUCACCUCAAUGAGGUGGAAGCAUUACGCUCAAUCUAUGGUGAUGAUUUUCAAGACGUCGAGAACCGGCGGUCGGCAUGGCAGACUUCCGACGUGACUUUUAAGCUCCACCUUCGUGCCUCCUCAAAUCCUGAAAUCUGUCUUAUCCUUUUGGUGGAAUUACCUGCCACCUAUCCUAAAAGUGUCCCCAAUCUCUCACUGAACAACCUCGAUGAUUUUCGUGAUGGGGCCCGCUCCCGUAUCCAAGACAUCGUUCGCCAAAAGCCUGCGUGCCUCUUAGGGUCGGAGAUGAUUUAUGAACUGGCAGUAUCGAUCCAGGAUAUUCUAGAGGAUGUAGCGCAAGCGCGUGAGCAGAAUAAAGACCUCCCCAGCCUCGAAGAAGAGCGAAUGGAGCAAAAAGCAGCAGCCGUGGAGCGCGCCGAGCUUGAAAAACAAGAAGAACUACGCAAACAAGAAGCCGCUUCUGUAGCUGAAGAACACGCUCUCCAGGCAUUGCUCCAAGACAAAAUGCGGCAGCGGAACAGAGCACGGGCCUUGAGGCGUAAGAGUCGGGGGAGUGGGGUGGAUUCAAAUGAAGUGGAGGAUCUUGUGGAGAAUACCCCUGGUGCUAUCUCCUUUGACCCGCCAGUAGCUGUCAAUGACACCGAUGAACAGCCACUGGUGUUCCGUGCCGUGCACGGAAAAACACUUCUGCACUCCCACCAGACUAAGAAGACGUUCACCGUGAGACCAGUUGUCUCUGAAGGUCGAUGCCAUGUUCCACUGCUAGUACUUAAGGAGAUUUUCUUGGAUGAGAAAAGCUCUGAUGCUGUGUCAUUUCGAGAGAAGAUGCGGACAAGCGAAGAUAAAUUGGAGUGCCUGAAACGACUUCGACAUCCAAAUUUGGUUGAAUUUGUAGGAUUCAAAAUCACCCGCCCCGUCAACGAUUUCAACUCGCCAGAUCACUCGUGGACUGUUUAUGCUCUCUUUGAGCAUGCCAACAAGGGAUCGCUAUCCGAGCUUCUGGAUAUCGUUGGUACUGUUGCGGUCGAGACACUUCGUGGUUGGAUGAUUCAACUUCUUGAAGCUUUAGAAUUUUACCGACGGAGUGGAUUUGUUCAUGGAACUAUCCACUGUGGCCGAGUCAUGAUAUUCAGAAAUGCAUCUGGUGCAACGACUGUCAAGCUUCAGUCUAGUGUGGAACAGGCCUUACCUGAAUUUGCCGCCACAAAGCGUUCUUUGAACACGUCCAAGUCGCCACUAUGGAUCCCCCCUGAGCUCACAGAAGAGGGUACAUUGCCAUCCAUGAAGACGGAUGUCUGGGACCUGGGAAUUGUUUUGCUGCAGAUGGCGUUUGGAAAAGAUGUCUUGUUGAGAUAUACAUCGGCUAACCAACUGAUGGUUUCCUUGGGUCUCUCCCCACCCCUUCAGGAUCUGCUUCGAGAGUUCUUUCGACCUGACCCUAAGAAACGUGCGACAGCUUUUCAACUACUGCCAUCCGAAUUCUUCCGUGUCGAUGCGCCAUUAACAGUGCGUGAAAGAACCUCCAAUUCCGUAUCCAUGCAGAGAAGGCCGCGAAUGGACUCUUUCGGUGCCCUUCCGAAUUACUCACGAUACCAUGCCGAUUUUGAUGAGGUAGGUCAACUUGGCCGAGGCGGGUUCGGACAAGUCGUCAAAGCGAGAAACAAACUCGACGGCCGAAUUUAUGCCGUCAAGAAAAUUACACAGUCAUCGGCUGCAGCGCUGAAUGUGACUCUAUCCGAAUGCAUGCUUCUUUCGGCAUUGAACCAUCCCUACGUUGUUCGGUACUAUAACUCAUGGCUCGAUGAAGAUUUCCAUCAGAUUUACGAAGACGCUAUUUCAUCGACUGAUGGUGAUUCAUUUACCAGCCAGGAACAUCACGAAACAAGCCCCAGUGGCCUUGAUUUUAUUAGUUCCAGCGGGUAUCCAAAAAUUGAGUUUGCCGCCGAUGAUAGUGAUGAAGAAAAUGAGGGGACAGUAUCGGAUCAUGGCCGACAAGACUCCCAUGACUGGUUUGGAACGGAGAGCAAACACAGCACUGAAGUCAGCAAUACUAGAUCUGGAUCGAACGGUCGUCCUGUCUUGCACACUUUGUACAUUCAAAUGGAGUACUGUGAGAAGCACACCCUGCGAGAUCUGAUCUUACACGGCUUGUGUGAUGACGUCGAUCGUUCAUGGCGCCUGUUCCGACAGAUUCUCGAUGGCCUGAGCCAUAUCCACAGCCGUGGCUUUAUCCAUCGCGACCUGAAGCCGGAUAAUAUCUUCAUAGAUGUCGCUAACAAUCCUCGUAUUGGUGACUUGGGUCUCGCUACCAGUGGCCAAUUUACGACAGCCGUGCGCUCGUCUGCCCCAGGUGAUUUUGAUGGCAAUUUCACUCGUAGCUUGGGCACCACGUAUUAUGUGGCACCUGAAAUGAAGUCUGGGAUUGCGGGUCAGUACGACGAGAAAGUUGAUAUGUUCUCCCUUGGUGUUAUCUUCUUCGAGAUGUGCCAUCCACUGCCUACGGGAAUGGAGCGUGACCAGACCCUGCGCGCGAUCAGAGAGCCUGAUCAUAAACUCCCUUCUACCUUUGAACAAUCUGAAAAGUUUGUCCAAGGCCAAAUUAUUGAAUCUCUUCUCAAUCACGCGCCUAAGGAACGACCAACGGCUGCUGAACUUCUUUCUAGUGGAAAGAUUCCCCUGCAAGCCGAAGAAGAAACGUUUCGAAGAGCAAUCGUGCAUCUUCUGUCUGAUCCGAACUCUCCCGAUUAUAAGAAAAUUCUUUCGGCGAUUUUCUCUCAAUCGCCGAAGAAAUUCGAAGACAUGGCUUGGGAUAUGGACUCGCGCGCGUCACCCGCUGCAAAUGAGCUUCUGGUCACUGGCCUUGUGAAAAAUAAACUGACUUCCAUUUUCCGAAGACAUGGUGCGGUGGAAUCUGCGAGGCAAAUGCUAUUUCCACGAUCGCAGCAUUCUUCCAGUGGAGCAGUACGCUUGUUGGAUGCCUCGGGCAAUCUUUUACAGCUGCCAUUUGACCUAACAGUCCCUAAUGCGCGUGCGAUUCCCCGGCAGGACCGCUCCCUGGAGAAGACUUUUGCCUUUGGAACAGUUUACAGAGAUUCAACCCAUGGGAGCGAACCUCGGACUCAUCGGGAGGUGGACUUUGAUAUCGUUUCUUACAAUACUUUGGACCUGGCACUUAAGGAGGCGGAGGUUAUCAAAGUGAUCGACGAAAUCAUCGAGGAGUUUCCACCUCUCCGGUCCGCCUCGAUGUGUUUCCUUGUCAACCACUCUGAUCUACUGCAACUCAUCAUGGAGUUCUGCCGCAUUACUUCUUCUCAGAUUCCAUCUGUGAAAGACGUUCUUAGCAAGCUCCAUGUUGGAAAAUGGACGAUGCAAAAAAUCCGGAGUGAACUUCGGUCUCCAGCGAUUGGUGUGGCAUCUACCUCGCUAGAUGAGCUUGCCCGUUUCGACUUCAGAGAUACACUGAAAGAGACACAGCGCAAAAUCCAAAUCAUUAUGGAAGGCACUGAAUAUGGCGACAGAGUUCCCGCCAUUUUUGCACGUUUGAACGUGCUGAUGGACUACCUGCAAAGCUUUGGUGUAAAGCGAAAGAUCUAUAUCAACCCACUGAGUAGCUUGAAUGACAAAUUCUACCGAGGCAGUGUCCUCUUCCAGUGCGUUUUUGAUCAAAAGCGCCGCGAUGUUUUUGCUGCAGGUGGCCGAUACGACCAGUUAAUCCAAGAGUUCUCGCCAAAGGUCUCAUCCAGCCGACCGCAAGCACACGCCGUCGGAUUCAACCUUAGCUCUGACCGACUGGGAUCUGCAAUGGCCGAUUACCUCCAAACCAGGACCCCACCAAAAGAGACCGACUCUGGGGCUGAGCUCUACUGGGCAACUCGCAGAUGCGAUGUCCUUGUGGCCAGCUUCGAUGCGACUGUCCUCCGCACUAUGGGCAUAAAGAUAGUCGAAGAUCUUUGGACGAACGACAUCAGUGCCGAACUUGCAGUCGACGCUUCGUCCCUCGAAGAUUUAAUGGCCAGGUACAGAGACCACGGCCACCGCUGGGUGGUGAUUGCAAAGCAAGACAGCAAAGAACGAGGCUACAAGGUCCGCAACUUGGUCCGCCGCGAGGAAUUCGAUAUCCGCAGCUCAGAGCUCGUCUCAUGGCUUCGAUCAGAAGCACAAGCCCGCCAUCACCGCGAGGGAACCGCCGAACCACGCCAGUCCCGACAAUUCGGCCAACAAGAUGUCAUCCAGUCUAACGAGAAGGCGAAUAGUGUUCGCAUUCUCGUGCCGCAGCACCGGAGUAAGAAGACAAACCGGAGAAACAUUGUCGAGUCUGCUUUACUCUCAUCCCGAGAAGUUGUUGAAAAGGCCCGCAAUGGCCCUGUCGCGGCCAUCGAUACUCGCGAUGACAUUCUUGCUGCGAUUCGGGACACCCGACUCUCUGAUCCAGAGCGCUGGCGGACUGUUAUUCAGAAUGCUCCGUUGAACGAACGCAAGUACCUUGGUCAAGUGUAUGAGCUCCUUAGCGACUUGGCCUCGGAGAACCGCGAGAAAUCCGAGGGCUACACCAAUGCGUUCAUUUACAACUACCGGACCGGUUCGUGCGUUUACUACGAUCUCGGCCGCAACGACAGAUGA